AUAAUCACCUUUUAAUUUAAAAGUUUUAAAUAAAAUUCAACUGAAAACCUUUGACAGGUAAUAAAUGCAGUUUAUUAACAUAUCGAAGUCCGAGCCUCUGACUAUCCAACAAAUAUCUAUUAGUAGGCUACCCCAAAUGUUUGUGGCGUUGUUGGAGUAUAUUUACUGCUUGUAUAGAUUUAUGGGUCUUUUGUCAGAACUGGUUAGAUUUAGUCUUGUCUGAGAUGGGAUUUCUUUACAUCCUGUGUUUACUCUGUGGUUUGUUUUCAGUUUUUCUCCUCCCCUGUCACAGUUUCGUUCAUCUAACUUCUGCUUCAACAACCUGGUCGCCUUCCUGUCGUAAAUCUGGGUUCCAGUCACUAUUUCAGUCAAUUUUUAGCCAGUAGUUAGGUGGUGAUGUUUUAUUUCAAAAUUGAAUAAAAAAUGAACAUGAACUUAACAUGUUAUUGUUCACAGUCAGCAUCAGUCAUCUGUUUCACUGGAAGAUUCAUGUGUGAUGGCGAAAAGCUAAAAAGAGAAGAAAAAUAUUUAAAAUUAAACUUAAAGUAAACUGGUAUAUCCAUACUUGUUUAUUGUUUGUAUAGUCAACAUGUUUAUAUGUAAUACAUAAGUGUGGGUUUUAUGUAACUGAGGCGCAGACCUGCUGGUCUGUCAUAUUUACCACACCUGGGCAGACCGUGAAGGCAUCACUAUAGAAGAGGGACGGAGCGGUACACAAACUAUAUCAGAUGAGCGGACUGAGAGAGAGAUGGAGGGCGGACAGUGGAGAAGAGGACAAGAAAACCAGCGAUCUCCGCAGGACGCUCAGACUUCCCUUACAGGACCAGGACCAAGUAGGAUACAUCUCAGAGCGGCACAGCAGCAAGGAGAGCAGCGUAGCCGUUGUGCUGCCUCAGAAACCCAGCGAACAGAAACAAAGAGCUGCACUCAUCACUCCCACAGAAGAAAAGGUAGAAGUCAUUAAAGUUUACCUCGGAGCUCAUUCAGAGGCAGUGCAGAGUGUCAGGAUGCUGACAGACGAAGUGUCUCAGAUUCAGGAGGUGCGGUACUGCCUGAAGACUCUGAGACAGCAGAUGGCUGCCAGACAAAAUAGCAACUUCAACAAGGUUCCAGAAAAUGACUUCAGAGUCAACAAGCCCAACAAUCAACCGCCGGUCACCAACAACAACAACAACCACGUCUCACUUGACAUUCAGCUCGAGGACAAUCAGGAGGACAGCGCCAAGCUCAGAGAGGCAACGCGGCGUCUCUACGCGCAGCUGAAGGAGAUGGAGAAGCAGCACCAGGAGGAGCGGGACAGACUGGAGGCCGAGUCAAACGAGUAUCGCAUCCGGCUGGCUGAGCAGUCGGACCGUCUGCAGGCAGUGGAGCUGCAGUCAGAGGAAAAGGGCCAGCAGGUGGAGGAGCUGCAGAGGCUGCUGGAGAGCAUGAGGAUCGAGAGCGGCCUCCUCAAAGACAAGAUGGAGGCGAGGGAGGCGGAGCUGCUGCAAGUUAAUGAGGACAGUAAGGAAGAAGCAGAGAACGAGGAAAGGUGCACAGAGCUCAAGAAACAAGUGGCUUUGCUAAAGGAAAAGAUUCGUCAACUUGACGACAUGAUAAAGAGUCAUCAGAGGAAGCUCCGCCUCAUGAUUGAGCAGCUGCAGCACUCACGGACAAUACUCCAAGAGAAGGAUCGGGUCAUCAUGGAUCUGGAGGAGAAGGUCGCUUUCCUGGAGGCUGAGAACAAGGAACUGCACGACCACAUGGAGCACUUCCUGGCAGGACGGGACCCUCCUGCUCUGUCCACAGAAAACAAGCCGGAAAUUGUUUACAGCAAACCUUUCAUUCCAACAUCCCCGACCAACAAAGUACUGCCUUUCAUCAAAGUCAUAGAGAUCAAAUCCUGAGCAACAUCCAUGGAAAUGAUCUAGAACAAAUGUGUAAAUACGUUUUACUUAUCCUCUGUUAAUAUAUAUGUACACAGAUAUUUAUAUGUAGAUCUGCAGUGAUGGGUAUUUAACAGACCUUGUGGCUUUUUCACAUGCAGGAUAUUUGUUGCAUGUCAAAAACAAAUAGGGCAACAUGAUGAACUCCUCAAAAGGCGUUAAAUGAUUUCUUGGAUGUUACACACGGGCACAAGUCUGUGCAGUUUGUACUUUGACAGGGAAGCCUUCAUGAUUUAGUGGAAAACAUUCAAACAACUUCAAGCUGCGUCUUGUGUAAAAUAAUAAGCAGCUUUAUAGAUCAAGUUAGAGGCUAAACUCAUAGGAAACUAAUCUGGGUUUAAUGAAAAAAUAGUCAAUAUUCUGAUGGUUUUAGCACAUUUUUGAGUGACCAGCUUCCUUAAAGGUCACUGUUAAAUUCCUCAGUGCUUUGUACAGACUUUGUUACUGUAUCAGAAUAUGUUUCUCUUACAUUAAGUGAGUCAUUUGUGAAGAAAAAAAAUGCAUUUAAUGUAAUAAAACUCUGGAUUUAUACUCCAAAUAUUCUCCAAUCUAUAUUAUUUUCCUUGAACAUACUCUCUGUCCAGGCUUAACUUCUGCUAGUCAUAUUUAAUAAUGAGUAUUUAACAUUGUUUUGUGUUUUUCUUCAACUUCUGUCAAUAUUUUUGUUGUAUUUCUGUAAAAGCUGUAGAUAGGUACCACUUUUAUUUAAACAUUAAUAAUAAAAAAACAGGAUAACC